ACGCUCCUAGCAUGAGCGGUGGAUGGGGAUACCGGAGUUAUGCAGCACUGGGUGCCCCACUGGUCUCAUCCCUGUAUCCCUGGGGCUCAUCCCGGUCCACUGGGGAAGCGAGGGUAGGAAGCACUGUUCCAGCCACGGAGCGUUGCUCGAGGAUUUGCCGUGUCAUGCUGAGUUGCGUGGAAACAGGAAGGGUCCAGUACUACUCCCAAGUGUGAGGAUGAUAAUAGAAUGCUUUGGGUUGGAAACGACCUUUGAUCAUCUAGUUCUAAUCCCCCUCUUCCUGCCUGUUCUGUGGAGGAUAAACGGAUGCUGGUGAGUCAGGAGCUGCACAGCACAACUCUGAUCUCAGUUACAACUGAACGGCAGCAAAGCAGAAUGUGGCAGGCACAGGGAGCAGAGAAAACAAACUUGUUCCUCAGGAAUGCCAGGGGCAGGAUGGAGUUUUCUGCUUGUCAAUGUCGGAUGUGUGCCGAAGAAGGUGAUGUGGAAUGCGGCUGUCCACAUGGAGUUUGUCCAUGAUCACGCUGACUAUGGCUUCGAAACAUCUGGCAUCAAGUUCAACUGGAGAACCAUUAAAGAGAAGCGUGAUGCUUACGUGAGGCGCCUCAAUGAGAUCUAUGAGAAUAACCUCAAGAAGGCUCACAUUGACAUCAUUCGGGGCUAUGGCAAGUUCACUGCUGAUCCUGAGCCUACCAUUGAAGUGGAUGGGAAAAGAUACACAGCUCCUCACAUCCUUGUAGCCACAGGCGGGCACCCAGCUGUCCCUUCUGACAGCCAAAUUCCUGGUGCCAGCCUGGGGAUGACCAGCGAUGGCUUCUUUGACCUGGAGGAGCUGCCCAGGCGUAGCGUGAUUGUCGGUGCCGGCUACAUCGCAGUGGAAAUCGCAGGGAUCCUCUCCACGCUGGGCUCAAAGUCAUCCCUGCUGAUCCGCCAGGACAAGGUUCUGAGGACUUUCGACUCCAUGAUCAGCUCAAACUGCACCCAGGAGCUGGAGAACAGCGGAGUGGAUGUCUGGAAACACACACAGGUCAAGAGGGUCACCAAGUCCCCUUCUGGGCUGCUGGCUGUGACAGUGACCUCCUCAAUGCCAGGCCACAAGCCAACGGAGGAAGUGAUUCAGGACAUAGACUGUCUGCUGUGGGCUGUGGGGAGGGAACCCAACACCCAGGACCUGUGCCUGGACCGAGUGGGUGUGCAGAUGGAUGCCAAAGGCCAUGUGGUGGUGGAUGAAUACCAGAACACCACCAGGAGAGGGGUCUAUGCCAUCGGGGAUGUGUGUGGGAGAGCUCUCCUCACCCCAGUGGCCAUUGCAGCUGGCAGAAAGCUGGCCCACAGGCUCUUUGAGGGCAAGCAGGACUCCCGGCUUGACUACAAUUACAUCCCCACUGUUGUCUUCAGCCACCCACCCAUUGGCACCGUGGGUCUCACUGAAGACGAAGCCAUGGCCACAUACGGGAAGGAGAAUGUGAAGAUCUACAGUACAUCCUUCAACCCACUGUACCAUGCUGUCACCCAGAGGAAGGUGAAGUGUGUCAUGAAGGUGGUGUGUGCUGGCAAGGAGGAGAAGGUGGUGGGAUUGCACAUGCAAGGGCUGGGCUGCGAUGAGAUACUGCAGGGCUUUGCUGUGGCCAUCAAAAUGGGGGCCACCAAGGCUGACCUGGACAACACCAUUGCCAUUCAUCCCACUUCUGCUGAAGAGCUGGUGACACUGCGUUGAGGCAGCAGGCACAGGCGGCUGGGGAAAACCUUUAGAUAUGUCUUAAAGAAUGCAUUGCUGUCAGACGGUUGUGUGGAAAGGGGUCUGUAAGACUGGCACACAAAAUAAAUACUGUGAUGUUGGCAA